AUGGCCUACCAUCACUCAAGCGGCUCAUCCGCUGGCUCAUCGUCGUUCCAGUUCCAGUAUGCACAGGUAGGCCACUCUUUCACCGGGCAUCCAGGUGCACCGCAGCUCAACGGGCCUCCUCUGCAGCCGUUCCAAGAGUCUCAAUUCGACAUCUUCGAGUGGUAUCCAAAGUUCCAGUCUUGCCUACGCUAUUUUCUGGAUCACGCACAGUACACAGGGCCCAUUCAGGCAGUGGCUGCCUUCGUCAACAUCCAGCUGCCCUUCCAGAAGCCGCACAACCCGGUCCUCUCUUCAAAGCAGACCGGGCCCUCAUCCCCUGCCGGGCCCGGGCCUUCAACUCCGUCUACCGCCCGGGCAGCUGGGAAGUUGCCGCUUGGCGCCCAGUUACCGUCAGCCACCUACACGACACUGACGCCGUAUGUUCGCCGACUGGUGGCCACCGGCUUCGACUAUCCCGCCGUGUUACACGGCUUCUUUGGCGACGACUGGAUGGCCGGCAUUGGGCCCAUGCACGAAGCCGAGCGUCGCAACUACAUGUUCGCAGCCAAGAGCGAAACUUGGCUCAAAGUCAAGACGCAUUACGACAUGGACGGCGAGCAGCAGGUCCCCUUCCUCAGACCCCUGCAAAACGUCACCGAGAAGGAGAUCCAAGGCGCAGAGUCCAGCUGGAGCGAGUGGCUGGCCAUGCAGGAUUGGAUGCUGGGUCCGCGAGCCCCUGACCAAGGACCGAGGAUCAAAGUAGAGGACGAAUAG